AUGAGAAUUUCUCUAUUAGGAAGGAAUAAACUAGGACUUGUGGAUGGCUCUUGUAAAAAAGAGGAUUUUCCUAAAGCUGUGGGAAAUCAUUGGGAAAGGGUUAAUGCCAUAGUUCUUUCUUGGAUAAUGAGUUCAGUUGCUAAAGGACUUCUAGGAGGUAUUAUGUAUGCUACUAAUACCCAGGCUGUUUGGGAAGAAUUACUGCAUCUGCAGAAACUGAAGUUGUUUCAAUUCUUAAUGGGGCUUAAUGACUCAUAUGCCCAGGCAAGAAGACAAAUCUUGCUCAUGAGCCUAAUGUCAUCUGUAAACCAAGCCUACUCUAUGGUUAUAAGUGAUGAAAGCCAAAAAUUAGUCAAAAAUGUGGCUGGUAUCCUCGGUGUUAAUCCUGCAGUAAUGCCAGGAAACUAUGAAGCUACUAUGUUCACCAGAAAUGGUGGUGGAAAUCAGAACCACAAGUUCAAAAAGAACUAUAAUUUGUAG